AUGGAUGUGUUGUCCAAACUUCUGGACGAAGCUGUGAGAUUGGAGAAAAUAAAGCCGCACCCUAAAUGUAAGGAUCCUCUUGUAACGCAUCUCAGUUUUGCCGACGAUUUGCUAAUCUUUUUUGAUGGAUCGGCUCAAUCCCUUCAAGCGAUUCUAGAGGUGCUUUCGACUUUUAAGAGUGCCUCAGGUUUGGCGUUAAGUUCUGGAAAAACGUUUCUCUUCCUUGAUGGGAACGAUUCUGUGUUCACUGCAAACAUGGCGGCUAGAUUUGGUUUGGCUCAUGGAUCUCUUCCUGUAAGAGUGAGGUCUAGGAUUUCUUCUUGGACAGUUAGGCCUUUGUCCUUUGCCGGGAGACUCCAAUUAAUUCAAUCAGUCCUCUUUAGUAUGGUUCACUUUUGGGCUGCUGUCUUCCCCUUGCCUAUGAGCUGCAUUGAUUGCUUGGAAAAAAUGUGUAAGGCAUUUUUAUGGUCUGGAGCUCCAAACUCGGCAAAGAAUGCAAAGGUCUCUUGGGAAUCGGUCUGUACCCCAAAAGAAGCAGGAGGAUUGGGGCUUAAAAGAUUAGCAGAUUCAAAUCAGGUCUUUGGACUCAAAUUAAUUUGGCUUAUGUUUGCGGGUGAGGGUUCUUUAUGGGUGGCAUGGGUCAGGAAAAAUCUUAUUGGGAGGAGAUCUUUUUGGAGCUCGGAGUUAGAUAACUCUGGAUCGUGGAUUUGGAGAAAGCUACUGAAGCUUCGUCCUUUGGCUCGACCCUUCCUCGCUUGUCAGAUCAGAUCUGGGACCUCUGCUCUGUUUUGGCAUGAUGAUUGGACAGGUUUAGGUCCUUUACUAGAUAUCUCUGGUGCGAAUGGUCCUCGAGUUUGGGUAUACAUUCUAUGGCAGUUGUAUCUCAGGCGGUAUCUCGAGGGUCUUGGAAACUACCACGUGGGAGGCACCCAAUUUUAA